AUGUCCGGUGCUUUCGUUGCCGGUUUGGAUGCCGGUUUGAUCUACAAUGAGUUCCCGUUGAUGGGUGGCCAGUGGGUGCCAGAGGAUCUGAUCAAUCCGCGCAUCAAGCCCGCCUACAAGAACAUGUUUGAGCACGAUGUCACCGUGCAAUUCCAACAUCGUGUGCUGGCGACCGUCACCUACGCAUCGAUCUUGGGACUGACUGCACUUGCCUAUCGUGGUCGUCGCGGACUCAGUCCACGCGCACGUGCUGCCGCCAACACUCUGGCCGCAGUCGGAACUGCUCAAGUCAUCCUGGGAAUCUCUACAUUACUGACCUUUGUUCCAACGCCGUUGGCAGCCACUCAUCAAGCUGGUUCUCUCACACUUCUUUCCGUUGCCAUAUGGUUACUUCAUGAAUUAAAGAAACUACCAAAAUAA